AUGGGAGAAAUGGCGCAUGCUUGCUCUGCCCCUCGCCCGUCUCCCGCUCACCAUUUGUGUGUGCGCAUCCUACUAGCGUACCUGCUUGCGGCGCGGUGGCUCGUGCCAUCCUGCUCGGCGGCUUCUUUCUUCCGCUUCCCUUGGCCCGCCGAGCGGCACGACUACCGUGACGCGCUGGCCAAGUCCAUCCUCUUCUUCGAGGGCCAGAGGUCGGGGCGGCUGCCGCCUGGCCAGCGCGCGUCGUGGCGCGGGGACUCCGGCGUGUCGGACGGCGCCGCGGCCGGGGUCGACCUGGAGGGCGGGUACUACGACGCCGGCGACAACGUCAAGUUCGGCUUCCCCAUGGCGUUCACCACCACCAUGCUGGCCUGGAGCGUCAUCGAGUUCGGCGACUCCAUGCCGCGCGACGAGCGCCGCCACGCCGCCGCCGCCGUCCGCUGGGCCACCGACUACCUCCUCAAGACGCUCGCCCACCCCGGCGUCAUCUUCCUGCAGGUGGGCGAUCCGUGGAAGGAUCACGACUGCUGGGAGAGGCCGGAGGACAUGGACACGGACCGCACGGUGUACAACGUCAGCGCGGGGCGCCCGGGCUCGGACAUCGCGGGGGAGACGGCGGCGGCACUGGCGGCCGCGUCCAUGGUGUUCCGAGAUGACGACCCGGAGUACGCCGAGACGCUGCUCACGAGCGCAAGGAAGGCGUUCGAGUUCGCGGACACGUACAAGGGCGCGUACAGCGACGACCCGGACCUCAGGGCAGGGGGCUGCCCCUUCUACUGCGACUUCAAUGGCUACCAGGACGAGCUGCUGUGGGGGGCAGCAUGGCUGAGGAGAGCCUCCAAGGAUGACACGUUCCUCCAGUACAUUCAGAACAACGGCAAGACCCUGGGUGCAGAGGACAGCAGCAACGAGUUCGGGUGGGACAACAAGCAUGCCGGCCUCAACGUCCUCGUCUCCAAGGAGUUCAUAGAAGGCGCCGCGCUGCCUUUGCAGUCGUACAAGGAGUUCGCGGACAGCUUCGUAUGCACGCUCAUCCCGGAGUCGUCUUCUUCCCCGCACAUCACGUACACCCCCGGGGGCAUGAUCUACAAGCCUGGAGGCAGCAACAUGCAGCACGUCACCUCCAUCUCUUUCCUGCUCCUGACCUACGCCAAGUACCUCUCCAAGUCCUCUCAUACCGUCGACUGCGGAGACGUUUCAGUUGGCCCUGAAACUCUUCAGCUGCAAGCCAAAAGACAGGUCGAUUACCUGCUAGGAGACAACCCGAUGAAGAUGUCGUACAUGAUCGGGUACGGCGACCGGUACCCGCAGCGGAUCCACCACCGGGCCUCGUCGUUGCCCUCGAUCAGGGACCAUCCUCAGCCGAUGGCGUGCAAGGAAGGCACGCCGUACUUCAACUCAUCCGGUGCGAAUCCUAACCCGCUGGUCGGCGCGGUGGUCGGCGGGCCGGGGGAGGACGACGCUUACGAGGAUGACCGUGCGGAUUUCAGAAAAUCUGAGCCCACCACCUACAUCAACGCUCCCUUGGUAGGGGUCCUUGCGUACUUCGUUGGCAACCCGAAUCCUGGUCAUAACACCAGACAUUGA